AUGGAGCAAUUCCACAAGACAGUGGUUCCUCAGUUUCUCAACAAACUCUGGUUGUUAGUAGACGAUGCUGUCUUGGAUCAUGUGAUUCGCUGGAGCAAGGAUGGUCACAGCUUUGAGAUUAUGAAUGAGGAAACCUUUGCCAAAGAAUUACUACCAAAAUACUUCAAACAUAACAAAAUAUCAAGCUUUGUUCGACAACUCAACAUGUAUGGUUUCCGAAAGGUGCUUCCACUGCAGAAUGAAAAGACUAGCCAGGAGAAUAAAAUAACUUGUGAGUUUCACCAUCCACUUUUCAAAAGGGGAGAAGCCUGUCUUCUUGCAAACAUUAAGCGAAAGGUGCCAACAAUAAAAAUUGAAGAUGCCAGACUCUACUCUGAUGAGUUUCAGAAAAUUGUGACUGAAAUGCAAGAGUUUAGAGACAUGCAGAGUAACAUGGAUACCAAAUAUGCACAAAUGAAAAAGGACUAUUCAAACCUAUGUCUUGAAGUUACAAACAUAAGAAAGAAGUACUGUGAGCAACAACAACUGUUAACACAGGUACUCCAUUUUAUCUUGGAUUUGAUGAGCGAAAACCAUACAGUAUUUAAAAAGAGGAAAAGGUCAUUAUCAUUCAUAUCUGAAGCUUCAGAAUCUGAAUCAGAUCAUCAGUAUUUCCGUAUUCCAGAGGACAAGAAGAAGGAAGCUAUUGAGCUAUUAAAAGAUGGUUACGAACUUGUUGAAGACAAAUAUAAAAGUCUCCUUGAUAGAGUCUUACCAAUUUUGACAGAACCCGAACAGUUAAUUUCAUCUGCAGACCAGCCAAGUGGAGAUGAUAGAGAACACCCUAUAAUGUCAGUUCAGGAUAAACCUAUGAAUGAAGAGUCACUGACUAUUCAGCUGGAUUUGACAAUACCAGUUUUACCAGAACAAAUAACUGAAGAAUCAAUUGAACAAGAACCUAAGGAUAUUUCUUUGGAAUUGGAUCUUUCUUCUCAGGAUCCAAUUUUGAUGAAAGAUAAAUCAGACAUUUUUUAUGACAAUAUAAUUAACAGGGAUAAAAUGAACAUGCAUCACACUGAUGAAAAUUUGUUAGAGAUAAAUUCAUUACUAUCUAGGAAGGCAGUGAAUUAUGACUCUGAUCAUUUCAGUGAGAGUCUAAGUCUAAUGAAAAAUGAAGAAGAGAAAAGUCUGCUUGAUCCCAGUGGGGGAAAAGACAAACAUAUGAUACAACACAUGGAAAAACCUGAGCUUUUUCUAUUGGAUGGGACACCAAUGUGUGACUUUGGAGAAAAUCUUCAAGAUUAUGACAUACUUUUGGAACAUCUGAAGAACCCACCAAAUGUCAUAUCAGCUUUAUGUGACCAUGAUUAUGCAACCUCCAAUAUUUCUACUCCACAAGAAGAUGGUAUUGAAAAUGUUAUUCCCCAGUUAUGUAUGGAAGCCAGUGAGGAAUCUGAUGUGUUUCCUUUUCUCUUUCUCAACCCUGUUAAUGACAUUUUUUAA